GUUUGGUGGGCGUGGGAGAGAAAGAUAGAGAGAGAAAGAGAGAGAGAAUAACGGAGCACAGAACACAUGAAUAAACUUUUUAAUUCGACGCGCAGAAGCGCAAAUGUGCACGUAUUAUCUCACCGCCAUUUACCGGGUGAUUAUUUGACGCUUGUGAUCUACCCCUCAUCAAAGUUCAGAUGGCGAGCAUGUUGGGGCUCCCCCACAGCAGUUCCCUGCACAGAUGCAUGCUGGUCCUGACCUUCCUGCUCUUGCUGUGUGAGAUCGUUGUCAGCCGCCUCUGUAACUCCCUCAUCACCAUGGUUGACGUCUUCCACACCCUCUUCAUCCUCAUGCACAUGGCUCUUCCUCAACCCACCCUUGGCAGGGGCCUCCCAAAACCCCCAUCUGCCUCCCCUCUCUCCACCCCCAUCACCUCCACCCCUACUCAGUCACCUGUCAAAUCUCCCCCAUAUGCCCCAGCCACCUCCUGUGUCUCCCCCAGCCCCUCCAUCUCAACUCCCUGUCCCUCUCCUCCCCUCUCAACCCCUGUCCCCACCACCACUUCCCAGUUUCUCUCCAAACCUCUCACCCCUACAGCCACUCAUUGUUUCUCCCCUGACCACACUGAUACCAACCACCACACCUUCUAUCCCCAUUCCACCCUGUCUGUUCCAGCCAACCCUUUCCCCCAACCCCUCACCCCUCUGGCCUCCCUGUGUGGCCUGUCCUACAGUGGGGCAAGGGUCCAGCCCCUGGGGGCUCUGAUCUCAGCUCUCCUGCUGGCUGCCCUGUGUGUCUCUGUCUCUCUGGAGAUCCUCAGCCACACCCUGCAGCCCCACCCUAUAUAUCGCCCUAUUUUAGCCACAGUGAUGGGGGCUGUCAGUCUGCUCUACAACCUCCUGGUGCUGGGGCUCAGCUGGGGCAACUUGCUGGAGACCAAGACUAGAGCUGCCUGGGAGGGGGAGGGGAGCUCUGUCCUUGGUGUGAAUGGAAAAGUCAAGGCCAAGGUCCAGGCCAAAGACAGCACUGCAGUGGGGGGAGAGAAUGACAUCAGUAACCUCCCUACAUCUCUAGAUGGUGCCUUCCAAGAUGGAACACUUGUAUUCUGUAACCCUGGGACCUCCAGUGUCCUGAACCCUGACAGUGACUCUCAGCACCCAACCCAGACAUCCCCACUCCAUACCAUGGCCCCUCAGGGUCCCCUUUCAGACCACUGCCAUGGAGCACACACACUCCCUGCAGACUCGCACACACUCCCUGCAGACUCGCACACACUCCCUGCAGACUCGCACACACUCCCUGCAGACUCGCACACACCACCUGCAGACUGCAGAACUUCAGAGACACCAAACAGCUUCCCACAUCCAGAGGCCAGUGACUGUCAUCCUAAGGACCCCCACUCUGAAGUGUCUAACUAUAGUGCCUGCAUGGGACACAGAGAUAAUCAGACAGACCCCACCACAGCCUCAGACCUAAAGUCAGAAAGUCCCACAAGGCUCAGGGUCCAACUUCCCGCCUGUUUCCCAUCCUUCAUCGCCCUCACCCAGGCACUGCUGGGCUCCAUUCUGGCACUCACCAACGGGCUUAUCCUGCUACUCCUGGGUCCAGACUGCAUGCAUGGCUCUGGGGCCUGUGGCCCCUUCGUCUACCUGGACCCUGGCUUCUCCAUGGUGGCUGUGGUGGUGCUGCUGGCCACCGCUCUGCCCCAGGUGUGCCGCUAUGGUUGGCUGCUGCUCCAGGCCAGCCCACCCCAGGUGUGUGUGUCUGAUCUGGGCCGGCGGAUCGUCAGUGUGCCAGGGGUGCAGGCGGUGCAUGACCUCCACGUGUGGCAGCUGACAGAGAGCUGCCUGGUGGCGUCUGUACAUGUCCACUGCCACGCUGGGUUCCAGAUACACAGGUGUGGUGAUCUGAUGUCGGGGGUCACCAAGGUGCUGCAGAGUGUAGGUGUGAGCUGCUGCACCGUACAACCAGAGUUCCUCCUCUCCACUCCCACUGCCAACGGCAACCUGGAUAACAACAACACCACCCCCACUAUCAUCCAUAGGGCGAUACCCCCACCUCCCUCACACCUGGCCUGCAGCCUGGCCUGUGGGAAGGGCUGUGCUGGGAAGAUGUGCUGUGCUCCUCUGGAGGAAGGGUCUGCAGAGCCACUGGCACCCCCUGCUGGGGAAAUUGAGGAGGAGCCUCACGUGCUGAUCAUAGAGAACAGCUUUCUUUGAAGGAAGGACCUCUAGGAUGUAUCUCAGGAGUAUAGAGUGGACUCCUUGCCUCCUUUCCUUCAUAUGAAACUGAUGCGAGAUGUAGAGGACUGAAGGGGAGCAAACCACUUUGGGCAAUUAAGAUGCAGCCUGGGGAUUGAAUAUAAUAUAUUAUUAUUGUCAGAAUAUUCAUAAAGACUUCUGUCCCAAUGUCAUUGAGGUAGUUUUAGAGAGCUAGAUAGCCUAAUGUAAGAAUUAGGCUCAGGUAAAGAGUAGAAAUCCCAGUAGUCGUCAUGCGUGUGUUUUGGGAUGGGGUGGGAUAAUAAGCAGCAUUCCUAUGGGUACUCAGAAAGGGUCCUCUGUAGCUCAGCUGGUAGCUCAGCUGGUAGAGCACGGCGCUUGUAAUGCCAAGGUAGUGGGUUCGAU